AUGGCUGAUGGACUCAACGAAGCCCGCGCAAUGCGCGUCAUGGAGAUCAUGAACGACUUCCGAACGUUGCAAAUCCACAUCAACUCGCUCAUCACACGCAGCGAGGCCAAUCCUCCAAACCAGGAAUCAUACUACCUCGAUGGCUACGUGGUCCUCAGACAGUGCGCCGCCGAAUCGCAAGCGGUUCUAGCUGGGCACUUCAAUCCGGGCAAUCUUGGGCUCCAGUCUGGCAGCAUCCCGGAGACCGAGGUGCAGAAGGCGUCUCUACAAAGAAUUAUCCUCGAUGCCUCUACGAGAAGGUUUCAGGCUCACAAGAUCUAUCUGCGAGGAUCUGCCGCAAUGCGUUGGGUGCAGGCGCGCACUCAACUGUUGCGCGGCGAGAAACCAGGCGCCAGACAUGCCAACGGGCUGCGAUCAAUUGAUCAGAGACUUCGCCAGGAACUCAGCGAAAUCACGGAUGACCAUGUUCACCGAGAUCUUCGCAAUGCAGACCGACGAAAGGGCUAUUGGCUUGACGAGGACCCGGUCCUGGAACGCAUGCUGGGAUGGAUUCGGAUGCAGAGGUGA